AUGAAGAGGGGUGAGAUAAAUUUAGUCUUGAGUAAGGUCGGGAUUCCUCCGGCUUUACAGAAGAAAAGAGUGGACAAACACAGGAGAAAACAACAGCCGAGACCAAGUGAACAAGUUGAGGAGGGAAAGUACAGAAAUCGAGCGUUGGAGAGGGCGCAGCUGAAGGAGGAAUAUAAAAAAGUUCAAGAGGAAUUUGAACUACUAAGAACACAAACCGAACAAGAGUCACGAUACAUGGGCGGUGACAUAGAGUUUACGCAUUUGGUCAAGGGACUGGACUACGCUCUGCUCGAAAAAAUCAAGAAACAACUCAACUCCCAGAAUACUACUGACACUGUAGAUAGUGUAGCUGUAGACUCGGUGAAUCAGGAGUUGGGAAUUGGUUUUACGGAGUUUGGAUUUUACCUGUACAAAACCUUCUUCUACCACACUAACAUCAACAACAUCAACUUCCAACAACGCCUAAACAAUACCAUACAUCUUCUCAAACACGGUAACAAACUCAGGAUUCAAGGGGGUGCCGUGGUGUACAAUUUUAAUCUCGGGAAUAAUUACCAAUUCCUUCCAAACAUUACUAUUAACGAUUGUUUUACCAUGGAACAUCAGUCUACUCAUGAUAAAAGCUAUAUUACUACCCACAAGGAGUUGAUGGAAGUAUUGAGUUGGCAUAUGGAAAAUAAGAGGAAGCGAAAACAAGACCGACUUCCUUUCAGACCCACUAACACUGCUAUCACAGGAGAUAAUUCUAACACCAGAGAUACCUUAGAUACUGUAGAAAAGGAUGAAGACAUAUAUGAGGGGAUAGGGAGUUAUGAUGGUACUGAGUUGAAUGUGGAGCUAUUGAACCCGUUGGAGGGACAAAUAUUCACAAUAGAGCGGGAAGCUAAAACCUGUUACAAAGUACCGGAAAAACUUCUCAAACACAAAGCCACACUCACGCAACCGAAUCAGCCAGACAUAGAACUCGACUUUGACGAUGAUCAACAGAGCGAACUCAGUAAUAAAAGUAAAAAGAGUAAAAGGGUAAAAAAGAGAAAUUGGGACGAAAUUGAGAAGAUUAUGAAGGAUAAAAAUCCUUCGUUAGAUAACUUCAAAACCGCAGAUUCCAAACCUCAAAACUUCAAAUUCACAUAA